AUGGAGCUACAACGAAACUCUUUAUGGGUACUUGUUCUAACAGUACUCCUGGCAUGUGCCCUUGUCCAUGCAACAACACCUUACUCGUUCUAUGAGUUUGAGAGUAAGGAUUUUUUGAGCUCACACUCUCGUCCUGUUAAAUUCCCUGAUGGAUAUGGUCUUGAUGUUCCUAUCAAGAAUAUUAUUGGAACAUGUAACAUUAAUGAGACCAUUUAUGUUGUCACUGAUUCUUCUGUUUAUAAAAUGGUAAAUCCAUCCAAGUUUGUUAAGAUUAUUGAUGUUUCUGGAAUUACCAAAGAUAUGACAUGUGGUGAAAAGUACCUCUUCUAUGUUAAAUCAGAUAAAGCUUCUAUCGGAAGAAUUGAUUUGACCACUGGUGCAACUUUUUCCUUUACACCAACCUACAUUUCUAGAACUUAUGCGAAUAUUAGGGCUAUUAGUUACAGAAAUGGCUACAUUUAUUUUACUCACUGGGAUAUGGUUAAUCGUGUCAGUGGUACAAACUCUAUUGCUUAUCAACUUUGGUUUGAAAAGAUUACUAUCGAUGGUAGUUCAAUGAUAAAGUUAUACACAGCUGACACUAGUAACAUGGAUUCUGGAUCUGGAGGUAUUCUUUAUAAAGGAUUGAAAUCACUCUUGAUCAAGACUACUGCUGGAGAUGUGAUUUAUGGCUUGGACUAUAUUGGUAUUUCACUCUUUGUUGAUGCUGAUGAGACCAUGUACUUUAUGAUAGAUGGUGAUUAUAGUAUGACAAAACAAAAACGUGUUUACAAGAUUGCUCAACCUUCCCCAAGUGAUGCUGAAUUAAUUGCUUGGUGUUCAUAUGGUGAGGUGUACGAUGUUGAUGGUGAUGCUACAAAUUCUAAAUGUGGUCCAUUAAGUAAUUAUUUCACUGUAAACUCUAAAAAGUAUUUCCUUUCCAAUAACAAUAUUAAGCUUUUCAGUGGUGAUGCAAAUAGUGGAACUAUUUCAACAUGGCUCAGUUUUGAAAAAAAGCUUGUCUCUGCAACUCAACUCAAUUCCAAGACUCUUAUUGUUGCUGAAUCUUCUUCUGUUUAUUUAGUUGAUCUUGAUUUACUUUCAUUCACUAAAAUUGCUGGUGGAGAUGUUGAAAAUAUUGGAGAUUAUGAUUCUUACAAAUUUGCUUAUUUUAACAAUAUUAAAAAGAUUGCCAAAAAGGGUAAUUACUUGUAUAUUGCUGAAGGAAAUGGUAAAAGAAUUAGAAAGAUUGACUUGUUGACUAAUAUAAUUACAACAGUAGCAAAUAUUGCUCCAUAUUAUCCAAGAACACUUUCUAUUGAUGAUAAUGAUGUAAUCUUUUGUAUGGCAACUGAUGGUGGUAGAACUUUCCUUUUGAAAAUUGCUCAGAAUGGUAAUGUUGUCAUUUCAUUUGGUGGUGCCUCUUCUGCUGGCUCAGAUGGUUCUAGCGCUAGCUCUUGUGGUUCUUCAUGUUUUUGGGGAGAAUUGACAUUUGGUGGUUUCAGCUCAAAAACACAAAGUAUGUAUGCUAUACAAGUUGCUUCCUAUAAGGAAUAUCUUUGUAAACAUAGUGCUGUCAAUCAAGGUAAAAGUUGUAACUAUCUUGGAGAUUUGAGUAAUGUUGGUGCAAGGUUUGUUUUGAAUGUGGCUGUUGCUGGUGACUAUGUCUAUGUUUUCAAGAAGAAUGUUAUUUCAAUUUACACUUUGGAUCUCGUUUGGGCUGGUGAAAUUUAUCCAGCAUUCACUUUUGCUUCAGCAGGUUCAAUCGUUUAUGUUUCUGAUAGAGAACAAGUAUUUGUUACAGAUCCGACAUUCACUACAUUCUAUACAAUUGUUAAAGAUACGGGUUAUCUUAGUACUGAUAGUUCUGUUAAAUCUUUGAUGGCUGGUGCCUCUGAUAUGGUAUUGUUAGAUGAUGGAUCUAUCAUGUAUGUCCAUUCAUCCUCAAAUUCGAUCAAAAUUCUCACUCCAAAGAGUUGCAUUAGUACUAUUCCUGGAAUUGAUUUUGAUCACAAAUGUGAAAUUCAAUGUAAUGGAAAGUAUUCUUCUGCUUUGGAUGUUUGUAAUGGAAGAGGUCAAUGUACAUUCAUUUAUGACAAGUCCAAAAAAGUCGGAAGUGGUAUUUGUAAAUGUAGAACUGGUUUGAAUGGUGCUGAUUGUGAGGGUGUUAUUUGUCCUGAUUGUCAACUCAAGUGUUUUGAUAAGGUAGCAAAUGAUUCAAGUGUUUGUAGUGGACAUGGUACAUGUGAUUCAUUAGAUAAAUGUUCAUGUACUCCUAAUCAUAAUGGAAAUCAAUGUCAAUUUACAACUUGUAAUGGAAUUCCAAAUACCAAUUCUACAGUUUGUAGUGGAAAUGGUGUUUGUUCUGGUUUUGAUAACUGUACCUGUAAUUCUGGUUUCAAUGGAAGUAAUUGUGAACAAACAACUUGUUUUGGAUCUUCCAAUUUAGAUACAUCUGUUUGUGGUGGACAUGGUAAAUGUAUCGCUAAGGAUACAUGCAAAUGUCAAAGUGGUUAUUCUGGAAGUCAAUGUCAAGCAAUUUCUUGUUUUGGUAUCCCUGCUUCAAAUUCACUUGUUUGUAGUGGCCAUGGUACUUGUUCUAAACCUGAUACUUGUACAUGUACAAACUCUUUCACUGGAUCCAGUUGUAAUAUUACCACUUGUGGAUCAAUGAAAUCAGAUAAUCCUGAAGUUUGUGGAUCUGUUGAUGCUGGUUGGUGUGAAUCUAAAGAUAAUUGUGCCUGUAAACCUGGAAUGGUUCGUACCAAUUCAUUAACUUGUAAGAGACCUUGUGGUUCAUGUUCUGGUUUCUCUGCCAACAAGCUUUGUCAAUCAGUUUCUGGAGUUUCUUAUUGUUCACCAGUAUCUUGUUCUACUGCCAAUACAUAUGCAGUAUCUACUUGUACUACCAAUGGUAUGUAUUUCUGUGGAUCUAGUGGUGUUUGUGCCUUUGAAUGUGCUUCAGAUAGUGAUUGUACUAAUGAAUAUAGAUUUGGAAAAUGUGACACUGAUAGUUCCUCAACAAGUUAUAGAACUUGUAAAAAGACAUGUUCUUCAAAUGCUGAUUGUACUUCUGCUAGAUUCCCAAUUUGUGUUGAUUACGGAGCUAAGGGAAGUAGAUGUGAAAAGACACCAUGUACUACCUCUUCUAACUGUACAAAUCCUGUUUAUCCAUAUUGUGUUAGAUCAACUUGUGAUAAUGUUGAAUGUAGUGUUGAUUCUGAAUGUGAAUCAGUACCUGGUAAACCAUAUUGUAACAAAAAUGGAGCAUGUGUACCAAAGCCAUGCAUCGUUUCAUCUGAAUGCAGCUCUACUUCUUACAAAUAUUGUUCAUUCUUGCCAUUGAAUGGAACAAGUUAUUGUUCAAAGGUGGAAUGUACAGAAGAUGCCAAUUGUAAGAAUGUUAAUGGAAAACCAACUUGUUCUUCAAAUACUUGUGUUGCUAAAUCAUGCUCAGCUGAUAAGGAUUGUCCACAAAAUGGUGUCAAUAAGUAUUGUAUUAAUUCUCAAUGUAAGGCCAUGUAUCCACCUUGUGCUUCCUCAUCUGAUUGUAGUUCAUAUUUGGAUACCCCAACUUGUAAUACUACAUUGAAUAUGUGUGUUCCUACUAUGUGUAAAUAUGGUAAAGAUUGUCCUGCUUCCACAAAGGGCUGUAGAGUAACUCCCUAUUCUACCAUGUAUGGAAAUUCUAAAGUUUGUGCCAUUGAAUGUGAAACUGAUUCUCAUUGUUCUAAUACUCCUGGCAAACCAAUUUGUGAAAAUAAUGUCUGUGUUGAAAGAACAUGUAGUCAAGAUAGUGAUUGUCCUCAAGAUGGAGCCAAUAAGUAUUGUAAAUCUGGAAAAUGUGCAACAGCUUGUCUUGUUGAUAAUGAUUGUUAUGGAACAUUUAAUGUUUGCAUGGCCAAGAAUGGAUAUGAAUGUGCAACUUAUAACUUGAAUGAUAUUUGUGAAUCCAAUGAUGAUUGUCCUUCAAAAUUCGGUGCAUGUAUGACAAGUCCUCUAACUGGCCUGAUGAAUUGUGGUAAGGAAUGUAUUGCUGACACCAAUUGUACCUCCCCAACUAGACCAUCUUGUGAUUUAUCAAAUUAUUCUUGUAAAGAAAAAGUAUGUCUUGGUGAUUAUGGUUGUUUGGGAUUCAAUUGGAGUCCAAUGUGUGAUAAUAAUAGAUGUAAUGGAGAAUGUUCUACUGAUUUUCAUUGUAGUGGAAGACCAGGUACUCAAAGGUGUGAUGCUUCUAAAUUUAAAUGUAUUACACAAACAUGUACAAGUGAUGAGAGUUGUAAAUCUUAUGGAGAAGGUUAUUUCCCUCAUUGUGUGAAUGGAAUGUGUCGUCAUGAAUGUACCAAGGAUUUGGAAUGUUCCAUGCCAGGAAAAGGUAAAUGUCAAAGACCAGCAAAUGCAAAGACAACUGAUGGUGGUAUUUGUGUUGCUCAAUCAUGUACAUCCAAUGAUGAAUGUUCACCUCUUGGAAAUAGAAAUUCAUUGUGUGUUAAUUCAGUUUGUUCUUAUGAAUGUACAUCCAAUGCUGAUUGUAAAGAUAAGACAGAUGGUAAACAUGUCUGUAUGGAUAACAAGUGUACUAACUAUUGUAGUGAUGAUCAACCAUGUACUGAUCCUUGGUUCGGUAAAUGUUUGAGUAAUUAUUGUUUCCCUUCUUGCUCAACUGGAAAUGAUUGUAAAUCACUUCAAAAGCCAAAAUGUUAUCAUAAUAGUACUAAUGGUGGUAAUUUAUGUGUUCCAGGUUCUGCAUGUUCAUCAGAUUCCCAAUGCGGUUCAUCAAAUGAUUAUCACUGGAUUUAUUCAAAGUGUAUGAAUAGUACAUGUGCUUACUGUUUACAAAAUUCAGAUUGUCCAAAUAAUGACAAGUAUUAUUGUGGAUUGACUGAUGAUGGUAUCACUGCUUGUACCUAUCAAAGAUGCUCAUCAUCUAGUGAUUGUCCAGGAGAGAAGAAAUGUUGGAAGGCAACAGACUUUAGUAUUAAUGAUUUUGAAGAUCCAGAAACAAGAGUUUGCUUGGAUUAUAAUUGUGAAACUGAUGCUGAUUGCAGUGGAACUUUAAACAAGCACAAAUGUGCAGGUAGAAAAUGUGUUCAAAAUUGUCAAUCAGAUUCUGAUUGUCCUAUUGGAAGUCAUCCAAUUUGUAACGCCACCUCUAAUGAUUGUGCACUUAAAACAUGUUCUUCUGCAGCUGAUUGUACUUGGGGAGCUUUUACACGUUGUUCGGAUGGUUUGUGUAAAUCAGAAUGUGAAACACACAGUCAAUGUUCUGGAAGAGAUGACGAUAAAACAGCUUGUGUUGAUGGAAGAUGUACCAAUUAUUGUGAUGCCAAUGUUACUUGUACUAAUCCUUGGUUCAGUUCAUGCAUUGGAACUCAUUGCUAUGGUGAAUGCAUGGGUGAUGACUGUAAAUCAGUUGAAAAGCAAUUAUGUGUAAAGAAUAAUACCAAUCUUGGAGCUAAAUGUGUUGCAUCUAGUCCAUGUUCACAAGAUUCUGAUUGCAUAACUAAUAUUAAUUUCCGUUAUUCUAAAUGCAUUGGAGGAACAUGUGCCAACUGUAAAACAACAGCAGACUGUACAGGUGGAUUACCAAAUAAGGACUAUUGUGGUAUUACUCCAUCUGGAUAUACGUUGUGUACAUAUCAGAAAUGUUCAUCCACUAGUGAAUGUCCUUCAGGUAGAGGAUGUUUCCCAGCAAGCAAAUUCAAUAUUUAUGAUGAAAGUAUACUCUCUCAAAGUGAAAAGAUUUGUACCUUUGAAUGUAAUGAAAAUUCUGAUUGCAGUGGUACUGCGAAUAGACACAAAUGUUCAGGAAAUAAGUGUGUUGCCAAUUGUGCUACCAAUUUUGACUGCAACACGAAUUAUGCUUUCCCAACUUGUAAUACCACCACUGGUGAUUGUUCAUAUAAGGCAUGUACCUCUGCAAUGGAUUGUGGAUCUACUAGUCCUAACUCAUAUUGUAGAUCUGGCUAUUGUAAACCUGAAUGUGAUAUCGAUAGCGAUUGUUCAACUGCUGCCAAACCAAGAUGUAGAUCAGGUGUUUGUUCACCAGAAUGUACACUUGAUAGUCAUUGUAAUAGUACAAGUGCUUGUGAUACUUCCACUAACAAGUGUCGUGUCAAAUUGAAUGAAUGUUCAACAAGUGCUGAUUGUAGUUCAACCUAUAACAAACACAAAUGUACUUCUUGGAAAGAAUGUGUUCCAUUCUGUACCUCUAAUAGUUCUUGUACUGAUGCUUUUAGACCAUAUUGUAAUGCAACUGGUGAUUGUGAAUUGAAACCUUGUUUCUCUAACUCUGAUUGUGGAGCUUCCUAUCCAAUUUGUAAUAAGGGAACAUGUGAUAUUGAAUGUACAUCUGACAGUCAAUGUAAAGAUCCAUUCAAAUCCAAAUGUACCAAAAACGUUUGUGCUCCAGAAUGUACAUCCAAUAGUCAAUGUGGAAAGAACUUUUGUGUGAAUACCAAGUGUGCCCCAUGUACAAGUGAUGGUUUUUGUGAUGGUACUAAGGGUUGUGCACUUCAUUUGGAUGGAAGCAAAUCUUGUAAUUACAAACUUUGUAAUGCUGAUACUGAUUGUAAGGGUUUACUCUUCAAAUAUUGUAAACCAGCAUCAACUUUUGGAUAUAUUAUUAAUGGAUUGACAUUGAAUACUUCAGCAACUGUUUGUUCUCCAGAAUGUACAUCCAAUACAAAUUGUAAAGAUCCAAAAUAUCCAGUAUGUAAUACUAAAUAUGGAACUUGCGCAUCUCAAUGUGCAAGUGAUACAGAUUGUUUUAGUUAUGGUAAUAAGAAGUUCUGUAAUGCAGGAACUUGCUCAAGUUGUGAUCAAAUUACUGAUAGGGAUGUGUGUGCCUCUACUAACAAAGUUUGUUAUAAGGACUCUUCUAACCAAUAUGAUUGUGCCUAUAAGAAGUGUUCUUCAAGCUCAGAAUGUGCAAAUCUUGGAACAUAUAGUGCUUGUAUUCCUUAUAGCAAAGUGAGCUCGAGUGCUUCAACUUUUUAUUCUUCAGAUCAAACUGUUUGUUUCUAUGAAUGCAAUCUUGUAUCCCCAACCAUUACUUGUAACGAUCCAGUGAAUUCAAGAUGUGAUGUUGUCGCUAAAAAGUGUGCACCAGAAUGUACCACCUCAGCCCAUUGUUCUUCAGGAAAGAUUUGUAUCAAUAAUAAGUGUUCAGCUGGAUGUACUGACAAUUCUCAAUGUGGAAAUGCAUAUGAAGUUUGCCAAGAUUUACUUCUUGGAUAUAAGGGAUGUUCAUAUCAAAAGUGUUCCUCAAACUCUGAUUGUACAAAUCCAAAUUAUCCAUCUUGUAUUGUUGCAUCCUCUAGAAGUUUUUCUGUUUCUUUAAUUUCCACAAAUUCAAGUCAAAUGAUUUGUCAUUCUGAAUGCUCAAGUAAUAAUGAUUGUAAAGAUCCAAACAAACCAAAAUGCUCAAACACUAAAUGUGUUGAACAAUGUGCAACUGAUGCUGAUUGUCAAGGAAUAGCUUCCACAAAGACCCCAUAUUGUAAUAACCAAAAGAAAUGUGUUGCCAGAUUAUGUGAAACUAAAGCUGAUUGUUUGGGAAUGGGUUAUUAUAACUCUGAAUGUAGAAGUGGAUUAUGCCAAGAACAAUGUUCCACUAGUCUUGAUUGUCCAGCAUCUAAUCCAGUCUGUAUUGCUGUUACUGCUCGUUACAAUGCUAAAACUUGCGUCAAUUAUGAUAAUUAUUGUACCAAUGUUGGUUUCAGUUACUUUAAUGCAGCUAUGGAACAAGUAGUUGUUACUUGUACCUCUGGCACUAGUGUCUUAAUUGGAGAUGAAGCUGUCAUGAUGAGAACUGCUGAUUCUUAUCAAAAUCCAGCUUAUUGUAAUUGUAAUACUGGUUAUUCUGGAAAGACUUGUUCUGUACCAGAAAGAUCACCAUGUGGCAAGGCAUGUGUUUAUGGUCAAUGUGUUGGUUCUGGUGCAACACCAAAGUGUAUUUGUAAUGCUGGUUAUGAGGGUGAUUUGUGUGAAAAGCAAUCCAAUGCCCCUUGUUCUUUACAAUGUGUUAAUGGUCAAUGUUCAAAUGUUAAUGGAGUUCAGAAAUGUAAUUGUAAUUCAGGAUUUGAAGGUGAUUUAUGUGAAAAGAAGAUUCCAAAUCCUUGUACCUUGAAAUGUGUCAAUGGCCAAUGUACUAACACAACUGGAAUUGCCAAAUGUAAUUGUAAUACUGGUUAUGAAGGUGAUUUGUGUGAAAAACAAUCCACCACACCAUGUGUUUUACAAUGCGUCAAUGGACAAUGUUCAAAUGUUAAUGGUGUGAUGAAGUGUAUUUGUAGUCCAGGGUUUGAAGGCGAUUUAUGUGAAAAACAAUCAGCCAAUCCUUGCACACUGAAAUGUGUCAAUGGUCAAUGUGCUAACACAACUGGAAUUGCUAAAUGUGUUUGUAACACUGGUUAUGAAGGUGAUCUAUGUGAAAAACAAACAACUGCACCAUGUACUUUGAGGUGUGUCAAUGGUCAAUGCACCAAUGUCAAUGGUGUGAUGAAGUGUGUUUGUAAUUAUGGAUUCGAAGGUGAUUUGUGUGAAAAACUAUCAGCCAAUCCAUGUACAUUGAAAUGUGUAAGUGGACAAUGUUCAAAUACAACUGGUAUUGCCAAAUGUAAUUGUAAUACAGGAUUUGAAGGUGAUUUAUGUGAAAAGAAGAUUCCAAAUCCAUGUACCUUGAAAUGUGUCAAUGGUCUUUGUUCAAACACAACAGGAACAGCCAGAUGUAUGUGUAACAAUGGUUUUGAAGGCGAUUUGUGUGAAAAACAAUCAUGUAAUUUACUAUGUGUUUACGGACGAUGUGACAAUGUCAAUGGUGUAUCUAAAUGUACUUGUAAUUCAGGAUUUGAAGGUGAUUUGUGUGAAAAGAAGAUUCCAAAUCCUUGCACCUUGAAAUGUGUCAGUGGUCAAUGUGCCAACUCUACUGGUAUUGCUAAAUGUAAUUGUAAUUCUGGUUAUGAAGGUGAUUUGUGUGAAAAGAAAAUUUGUUCAAAGCAAUGUUUGAAUGGAGGAUUGUGUAAAUUUGAUGCUUCCAAUAAGGAAUUUUGUUCAUGCAUUAAUGGUUAUUCUGGUUCAUUGUGUGAAACUGCUCCUGGUCAACCAGAAGUUGCUUGUAAACUUACUUGUUUGAAUGGAGGUGUUUGUCUCAACUCAACUGGUAUUGCCAAGUGUCAAUGUACAAGCGAUUUAUUUGUUGGAGACUUGUGUAGCUCGUGUAAGACUGGAUUUAUUUUACAAAAAGGUGUUUGUGUAUGUCCAUUUGGUUUCAAUAAUGAAAAUGGUAAUUGUAUUCGUUUACCAGCUGAUUGUGCUGAUGGAUGUGGUCAAUAUGGACAAUGUGUCUACAAGGACACCACUGGUUAUCAAGGUUAUUGUAAAUGUCAAGAAAAGUAUGUUACUGAACUCGCUACAAAUCCAUGUGGUUCAUGUAUUUCCGGAUAUGUAAAGAAUGCUCAAGGAAACUGUGUUAAAGUAUGUCCACCUGAAUUUACUGGAGAUGAUUGUACUAUUUAUACACCAGCUGCCUCAUGUGUUCCUAUUCCACCUUCUGGACUUUCAUUCUGUAAAACACAUCUUCAAAACUUUAAGGUAUUGAAUACUCAUUACUCAUCUGGAGCUGCCAAUGCAACUGAUGCUAGACAAUUGAUUACUAAUGCCAUGAGUCAACUUGACAAGUCUGCUAAAUCUCUCUAUGAUUCAAAUAUUGUAAAGAUUCAAGGACAAGGUACAGUUUGUAAUUCUACAUGUGAAGAGUCAAAUGCAAGACUUGCUUGCUAUUCUGUCAUUCAAUCUUGUAACUCUCCAUCAACUCCUGAAACUAGAUUGUGUAAUGCAGAAGGUGCCAAUUGUCAAACUUGUAAAUCUGGUUGGUUUGGUGAAAAGUGUGAUUUUAGUAUUGAUACUAGUUCAUUUGGUUUCUCUGAAAAUGGUGAUUCCAUCACUGCUACUGUUAUGAGUAGUUUGAGAAAGAGAAUUGACUGUUCUUCAUUGAUUACAAAUUCACAAGUUUUGGGAACUAAUCCUGUUUGCUCAUUGAAUGGUGAAAAGAGUUUAUUGACUAUUACCUUGGGUAUCUCUUCAUCAAUUACCAUUGGUGGAACUUUGAAUGUCAAGAAAUAUUUUGAUAGUGAAUUGACCACCUAUGUUACUGUAGCACAAAUGAGCUAUAAGGCUGUUGAUCCAGUUGCUGUUUUGAUUGCUGACAAGUCCACUAUUUCAAAGGCAUGUGGUUCUAUUUAUUUGGAUGCAUCUGGUUCUUCAAGUUUGGAUCGUAGAUCUUUGAUUUAUUCAUGGACAACAACUUUGGCUCCUUCAAGUACUGAAGUUUUAGAUUCAAUCAUUUCAAAACUGUCAACUCCUGGUGUUAAAUUUUCAGCAUCUGAUUUGGAUGUUGGAACCUAUGUCGUUCAAGUGACUGUUAAGAGUUCAUUUUCUCUCAAGGAAUCAGUUGCCUCUGUUACAUUUAGUGUUAUUGCUGCUACUCCUCCAACUAUUUCAAUUAAGAAUGGUUUGGAAAGUUCAAUGGUUAUUGGAAGUCCAUAUAUUAUUUCACCAAUUGUAACUUUCCCAUCAUGUUAUAAGGGAAGUGGUAACUUGGUUUAUACCUACUCAUUGGAAAGUGGAAGUCCUUUAAUUCUCAAACAAAAGAAUGAACUUUUAGUAUUUAGUAAUGAAUAUACUCAAUUGACUCAAGAAGGAGAAUAUGUCUUUAAAUUAACUGCCAAGGAAGAUAAUUCACCAGAAGCAUCAGUUACUUUUAAGGUUACAGCAACUGCUUUACCAUUGAAAGUUGCUUUCAAUAUUCGUGAUAUGACUCAAUCAUUUGAAGAUCCAGUUAGUUUCACAAUUUCUAAACAAGAUCCAAGUAAUCCAACUGAAGCUGGUGGAGAAGUCUCAAUUUCAUGUUCAAACAUUGAUACUGCUUCAACUUGUGAAGGUUUUGUUGAUGGUGCACAAAAUAUUGAUCAAUCAACACUCAAAUUGGUUAAGACAAUGACCCCAGGUGUUUAUUCUUUCACUGCCACUUAUACCAAGUCAACUCGUACAUCAACUGCUUCUGUUAAGGUAACUGUUUCUGAUCAAUCCAAGUCAACUGUUUUGAGAGUUUCAAUUUCUGCUCCAAAAGAUGCUGAUCUUGUUGCCGUCGAUCCAUCAAGUGAUUUAAUUUUACAAACAACUUCUUUGGAUACUUUAACGAGUGCCAGAUUAUUUACUUGGUCUUCAAGUGAUUUUACUUUUGAUUCUUCAGUUGACAUUUCAAAGCAAUACAUUGUCAUUCCAAAAUCAUUAUUGGCACCAGGUGCUUCCUAUACCCUAACUAUUAAGGUUGUUGAUGGUCAAAAGAGUGGUGAAGCUUCAUUGUCAUUCACUGUUAACUCUCCUCCAACUGUGGGUACUCUUGAAGUAUCUCCAAAGAGUGGUAUUGCCCUAUCUGAUGAAUUUAAGAUUUCAUGUGGUAAUGGUUGGUCUGAUCCACAACUUCCACUAUCAUUUGCAUUCUACUCCAAGACAAGUACAGACACUAAUUGGAGACUAUUGAAAGAAAAAUCUGAAACUAGAUCAUUUGGUACCUCACUCCCUGCUGGUGAGUUGGAAAUUAAGGUUGUUGUCUUUGAUUCUAAGGGUGCUUCAUCUGAAACAACCACAACUGUUUCAGUAAGUAUGCCAAAGGAUGCCUCAACUGCCAUUACAGCUUUAACAAGUUCUUCAAGUGGAACAAUGACAACAUCUUCAGUUUCCUCUGCCUUGAGUGUUAUUCAAUCUGUUAAAACAGAUGAUCCAGAACAAAAGAAACUAUUGGCUGAAGUUGGUAAGCAAAUUGUUCUUUCAUUCUUUGAACAAAAGGCAACUGAAGAAAAGUUGAGUAGUCAAACCUCUACUUCAACAUCUUCAACCUUGUCAGUCAUUUCAUCAAUUAGUUCCUGUGUUGACAACUUACCAGAUGAAACUAUUAGAAUGAUUAUUGAAAAAUUCCAAUCUGCAACAAAUGGAGCUUCAUCAUCAAGUUCAAUUUCAUUGUCUGAUGAAGAAAUUAAAUCAUCCACUGAUUCUGCAUCAACCAUUCAAAGCUAUGUCAGUACUAGCUUGGGAGGAAAGAGAAGUUUAAUGGCUUCUAGCUUUACAAUUGAAGAUUUGAACAAGAUUGACCAAGUUAAGAAUAACUUGAUGAAUAUCAAGUUGAAGAAUGUUGUUCCUGAUAUGCCUGCUGUUAGAGGAUCUGGUAUUAAAUCACUUUCAUAUGUAAGAUUGGUAAAUAUUGCUUCAUUGAAUGGUUUAUUCGAAAGCGUUGCUGAAAAUGGUAUCACUUCAUUCAAUCUCUCAUCAGUUUUUAGUGAAAUUCCACAAGUUUCUUCCUUGGACAGUGUUAAAAUCUCAAUGAAGGUUUAUGAAAAUAGCAAUACUACAUUCAAGUCCACUUCAAAGAUCUUUGACUUUGUGGUUUCAAGUACUGAUAACAGCAAUGUCUUGAUUCAAUACAGCAAAUCAAUUGCUCAAUUGACCAUUGAAAAGUCAAAUUCAAGUGUCAGAGCUCUUCAAGAACCAAAGUGUAACAUGGUUGUCAAUGGAGCCAUUACCGAAUCAUCAUCCUGCUCAAUUCUUGGUACAAACCCAGAUUCUUAUGUAGUUUCUAUUAACUCAACUGGUUCCUAUGUUAUUGGAAUAUCUUCAUCUACUACUCCUGAUGUUCAACCAGAAACAAGUACCACUACUCAAAACCCAACUCCAAUUGCACCAGCUACUCCAAAUUUGGACUAUAUCGCCUUAAUCUUGUUAAUUAUUCCAGUUCUUCUUAUUAUCGUAGCUGUUGUUGGAUUGAUUGUCUGUGUCCUCAGAAGAAAGAAGGGUAAAGAACAUGCUGCUCCGCAAAAUUAUGAAUUGAAAUCGACUGUUUAA